AUGGCGGGGCCGUCGCGGCCGCGGCAGCCUCCGGCGCUCCCGCCGCGCCUGCGCAGAGCCGGCGGCGCGCGGCGAGGACGUCACAAGGGCGCCGGGUGGGCGGGGCGGCCCGACCCGACCCGCGUCCGCGUCGCCUCGGCGGCCUCGGCGCGGCCCCCGGCCGUUGAGGCGAGGUCAGCCGGGCCGGGCGCGGCCGGGGGCAGCGGGGGCCCGUCCCGGCCGCCCGGACCCCGCGGGGCGCCCGCCGGCAGCCGGCCGCGAAGGGAAGGGCCGCGCCGUCGAGCGCCCAGCGACGAGCACCGGCCCGCAGCAGCGCGAGGAGGCGCCGUCGGGGCCCGCGCUUUCCGGCGUGCGGGCGGCGCCAUGGGCGAGGCGGGCGGCGCCGAGGAGGCCCGCGGGCCGGCGCGCGCCGCGGAGGAGGAGUUCGUGCGGGUCCGGAAGACGGAGCUGGCGCGGCUGGCGGCGGAGGUGGCGCAGGCCCGGGACGCGCUGCCGCGCCUGCUGAGCGGGGAGGCGCUGGGCGGCGGCCCGAAGCUGCGGACUCUGGAGAAAAACUUGGAAAGAAAAGAGCAAGAACUCGAGCAGCUGCGGACGGACUGUGAGCACUUGAGAGCCCGCCUGGAGUCCAUGCAGGCCGAGAGCGUGUGCGAGAGGAAGGAGAAGCUGGCCCUGCGACAGCAGCUGCACGAGGCGAAGCAGCAGCUCCUGCAGCAGGCCGAGUACUGCACGGAGAUGGGGGCGGCGGCCUGCACCCUGCUGUGGGGUGUCUCCAGCAGUGAGGACGUGGUCAAGGCCAUUCUGGGGGGGGAUAAAGCUUUGAAGUUUUUCCACAUCACUGGUCAAACAAUGGCGAGUUUUGUGAAGUCACUGGAUGGGGAUGUCAAGGAGCUGGAUUCUGAUGAAAAUCAGUUUGUUUUCGCCUUGGCUGGAAUUGUAACCAAUGUGGCUGCCAUCGCCUGUGGGCGCGAAUUCCUGGUGACCUCCAGCCGCGUGCUCCUGGACACCAUCCUGCAGCUCCUGGGGGACCUGAGGCCGGGACAGUGCACCAAGCUCAAAGUGCUGAUGCUGAUGUCCCUGUACAACGUGAGCAUCAACCUGAAGGGCCUGAAGUACAUCAGCGAGAGCCCUGGCUUCGUCCCCCUGCUGUGGUGGCUCCUGAGCGAUCCCGACGCCGAGGUGUGUCUUCACGUGCUGCGCCUCGUCCAGUCCGUGGUGCUGGAGCCCGAGGUCCUCUCUCAGUCGGCCUCUGAGCUCCGCAGCUCCCUGCCCCUGCAGCGCAUCCUGGCCAUGGCCAAGAGCCGCAACCCGCACCUGCAGGCAGCGGCCCGGGAGCUCCUGGAGGACCUGCGCGCCCUGGAGGCCGUGUAGGCGGAGCGGCGUGUCCCUCCCCGCCAUGCCUCACG